AUGGCCAGUAUUGCCUCUCUGGAACAAGUCGUCCGCGAUGCCUGUGUCGCGUACGCUCCUGCGCUCGCCCGGGAAGUCGACCGCGCCGUGAUUGGCUUGGAGGAGAUGAGGGAGAGCGGGUCCCACGGCCCCGAUGACUGGCGCGCCGCGUUAGACGACACCCUGAAGCUGAUGGGUGACUACUUCGCGGUCACUCUGCACGGAAGGGAGAUGGUCCCCCUCCUUGAGCGAGUUGAGAUGCUGCUCUGCCUCACGCAUGACCCCGACGGCUUGUGGCUGUACUUCCAGGAGCGAUUCUUGCUCGCCAAGAGACGCGCGACGCGCCUGUACUACCUCGGGGCCCUCCACCGCGUAGAAGCGGCCUCCAUGCAGGCGCGCAUCGUUCGGGGUGUGGCCUCUCGUUCGGACGCGCCGCUCGGACUGGCCUCGGCUGUGACCCGCUUGGAGGCCCACCUGCACGAACUUCGGACGGUCCGCGAGGAGUUGAAGGAGGAGCUGCAGCUCGUCGGGGAAGUCGACCCGGACGCUGUGACGGAGGUACGGUGA